UUUCAGUUUGACAAGUGCAGACAGGACAAAGCGAGCCGCAGAAGAAGAGCCCAGUCAGUUUGUUUACAUCUGGAGGAGGUGACAGAACAGUGCCUGUCCUGACAGUAUGGAUCAAACUUUCAGUCUUUGACUUGCUAUGGUUCAUAACAUCGACUGACAGGGAGCCAUGGGCGCUUUAGCUUGUCUUUCUGCGGUGUGCUGGUUGUGGUUUUGUCCGCUGGUGUCCAGUGAACAGGUGGCAUUUGUAGAGGUGUUUCUGGAGGACCAUCAGCAUAUAUUACAGGGUGAAGUGGUCCAGGGGAGUCUGGAGAACGACCCGAUGGAUAACCACAGCAAAAAGAAGCAUGGCCUGAAAGGAGAGCUCAUAUUAGUAAAGGAUGAAGCUCUUAAAAGCAACAGUGAAAUCAAUGAUGGAAAGGAUCCAGACCCUUGGAUAGGAGUGGUACCGGUUCAGAUGGAAGAAGGAACAGUUUCCAGCAACAGCAACCAGGAGUCCUUUGCUGCAUCUAUGGUUAAUAAGAUGAAGCGGGCUCUUGUUUUGGGUGCGUCUGCUUUGAUCAUACUGGCUUUAAACCAGAACACUGUCCGAGAGAUGGAUCUCUCUCAGGUCCUCUCAAAACCAAUCAUUGUCAUUCAGACAUCAGAAAAUGUCACUAAGCUCAUCGGAGCUCUUCUCAGGGGCCUUCGUGCAACAGCAAAAAUCACUUACAAGUCUUUUCUACAAGACAGCCUGGGGGCCACCUUGACCCUGUGGUCCAGCUGCGGUCGUUCAAGAGGAGGCUUAUAUGGGGAAUGGCAAGGGGUCAUCUGCACUGGGGAGACUAACUCUCAGGUCCAGAAAUAUCUCCAGCAGCUGUGGAACACCGUUGUUCUGGUGGCCCUUGUUCUCUCCACAGGGGUCAUAGUUCAAGCACGCUGGCAGUACCAGGACAACCAAUUUAAUGACGAUUUAGAGUCAAACCUGAAGCAAGACAUUCUGAAGAGAUUAUCAGCACUGAAGACGAGGACAUACCGGCAGCCCAAAGUGAGAUGUGAUCCAACACAAACUCAAACGAUGGAGACGGAGAGUUGUGCAGUUUGUCUGGAACAAUACAACAACAACCAGUGUUUGCGGGUGUUACCGUGCCUCCAUGAGUUUCACAGAGAUUGUGUGGAUCCUUGGCUGCUCCUCCAGCAGACCUGCCCUCUCUGCAAGCGCAGCGUUCUUGGUAAUUUCUAUUGAGCUGGAUCAAGUGGGGUUCUGGAUUAAAAAUCAUCUGAAUUGGG